AUGAGUGAAAAAGCAAGAGUGAUAUCUGAUUUGACGAUUUCUCAAUCGAUAUAUGAGUUAUCAAACAGCUUUUUGGAAAGUAAGCAUGAAAAGGCGCUGGAAACGCUGUUUUCAGCGAUUCGAGAAAACCAUCUAGCACCUCUUUAUCAAUAUGUCUGUGAACAUGAGGGUACGAUGUCGAAAAUUGACCAAGAUGAAUCUUUUCUCAAUCAAAUGGUACAAGAAAACAACAAGCGUAUCGAAGAAUUCGACAAAGCACAUGCAGACGCCCAAGAACUGAAUGGUGAGCAUGAAAUUCUAGAAGCUAUGAGAGGCAAGGCAUAUUAUUUUGUCGAUAUCUGUGAUAGAGUACGAGGUGUACAACUUUGUGAUGAAAUUUAUGAUCGAGCUACUUUGACAGGCAUGAAAAUUGAUGUGUUGUUCCUAAAAAUUCGCCUGGCUUAUGUCUACGCUGACAUGAAGACUGUCAGUCAAUUAUUAGAAAAGAUGAAGCCACUGAUUGAAAAGGGAGGUGAUUGGGAACGCAAGAAUCGCUUAAAGGCUUACCAAGGAAUUUACCUGAUGUCCAUUCGUGACUUUUCUGGUGCUGCUGAUUUGUUGCUUGAUUGCAUGUCUACCUUUUCUUCCACAGAGUUACUUCCUUAUUACGACGUUGUUCGCUAUGCCGUUAUUUCUGGCGCCAUUUCUUUAGACCGUGUUCAUGUAAAAUCAAAUAUCAUAGAUUCCCCUGAAGUCCUUGCCGUGCUGCCUCAAAACGAGUCCAUGUCUAGCUUAGAGGCAUGCAUUAAUAGCCUCUAUCUAUGCGAUUAUGCUGGCUUCUUCCGUACUCUUGCCGAUGUCGAGCAAAACCAUCUCAAGUGCGAUCAGUUUCUUGUCGCUCACUACCGCUACUAUGUUCGUGAAAUGAGAAGACGUGCUUACUCUCAAUUGUUGGAAUCUUAUAGUGCUCUUAGUAUCGAAUCUAUGGCUGCUGCCUUCGGCGUUUCUGUCGAAUACAUUGAUCGCGAUCUAGCUUCCUUUAUUCCUGACAAUAAAGUGAACUGUGUGAUUGACCGUGUACAUGGCGUUGUUGAAACGAAUCGUCCCGAUGAAAAGAACCGCCAAUAUCAAGAAGUUGUGAAGCAAGGAGAUGUUUUACUCAAUAAGCUUCAAAAAUACCAAGCUACUGUUAUGCGCGGUGCUUUUAAAGUCUAA